AUGCUUUUAUUAUUAUUAAUUAAUUAAUUUCUUAUUAUUUUCUUUAUUUUUCCUUCUAAAUAACUAAAUUAUAAUAUAUUUUUUCUUAAAUAUUUAAAAAGCUUUAAAAAAAUUGAUGCAAUUAGUGUAUCAAGCUUAGGUUCUGCAUUAGCAAAUUGCACUAAUCUCUCAAAUUUGAAACUUAGUUUUUCGUAAAAAUAGUUUUAUUGUUUCAAUUCAAUACUCUUUUAAUUUGUUUAUUAGCUUUUAUUUGAUUUACUUUGCUUUUCCUUUUAUUGUACUUGUGUUUUUUCUUUAUUUUUAUCUUUCUUAAUUAUUCUUAAUUAAAGUCAUUUAUUUUUUAUUUUUAACUUAAUCUUUUAUUAUUAUUAAUUAAUUCAUUCAUUUCUUAUUAUUUCAUUUUUUUUUGCUUUUAAAUAACUAAAUAAUAAUUUAUCUUAUCAUCAAUAUUUCAAAAGCCCCAAUACAAUUGAUUCAAUUGGUGCAUCAAGAUUAGGUCCUGCUUUAGCAAAUUGCACUAAUCUCUUAAAUUUGACACUUGAUCUUUAGUAAAAACAGUUUAUUUGCUUUGGAUUGUGA